AGUUGAUUGAGAGUGCUCUCUGCAACAGGACGGAGAAACAUUUCUUCAAGUCCGGCGUCUACUUCGCAUCGGUUUUUGGCAAAUAGUACAACAGUGCUUCGAUUCAACAGCUUUAUUUUGUGCCGUGUCUAUUUAGAUAUAGAUGGUAAGCUAAUUUAUGCAAGUUAUAAUAAAAAAAGUAUUAGUUUUUUUUUCUCGUACUGGAUUCGCAACACCAACGUAGACAAUUUUUCCUAUAAAGGCGUGUUCAUCUGAUGAGCCUGCUGUGUUCUAGCACCACCAUGAAGGACCGUGACUCUCUCUCCCUCCUGCACUACUCUGGAUCCGGCAAGACCAGUCCUCAGUUCCCCUCUGCGUCCCUCCAUUCUAGUUCCCCGGUAUUGGCCAAACCCCAGCCUUUCUGCCUACAGUCCGGCCCACACCUCAUAGCCUCCAUGCAGCUUCAGAAACUCAACAGCCACUACCAGAAUCUGACCUCCACAGCCACAACUGGGCCCGGCCGAGGGUACACCGCCUCCAUGUUAAGCCCAGGACAGAUCUCUAGUCCUGGGGCGGCGCAAGCAUCCGGCAUCAUCGAUUCGGACCCAGUGGAUGAGGAGGUUUUGAUGUCACUGGUGGUGGAGCUGGGUUUGGAUCGUGCCAAUGAGCUUCCAGAGCUGUGGUUGGGUCAGAAUGAGUUUGACUUCAUUGCGGACGUGCCUGCUGGCUGCUGACCAAAUCUUCAUUAGAAAUCCAAAGCGUCCAUUGAAUGGCAAUUGAGUUUGUCAAUGAACACUGUCAGAUUUGAACAGUCAAGAGCUGUUAGUUACGAGGACGGACUUCUGUAGGUUUGCCGUUAUGUGAGGCUUUCUGCUC